AUUUUUUUAGAUGGCCGUCUAAGAUUAAUAAACAAAAAUCUCUUUUAAAAAUAAAAUGUAUUCGGUAUUGUACAAGAAAGAAAAUGCCCACGAAGAAGGAAUUUGGAGUUGUUUCUGGGGCCAAUACAUUCCGGAAAAAAAGAAAAAAGACAAGGAUCCCGAAGUGGAGGGCGGGGAAGAUGAGAAAUCCAGGGAUUCCAUCAUGUCCGACGAACCUCCAACGGACUAUAUAAUAACAGGAGCCCUAGAUGAUUUAGUCAAGGUCUGGGAGUUGCACGACGAUAAAUUGGAUCUUAAAUACAACCUAGAAGGGCAUUCAUUAGGUGUGGUAUCAGUUGCCAUGAGCCACAAUGGAAAAUUGUGUUGCUCGAGCUCAUUAGAUUCAUCGAUGAGAGUAUGGGACCUAGAAAAAGGAGAAAAAAUUGCAAACAUUGAUGUGGGACCUGUAGAUCUCUGGACGGUUGCGUUCAGUCCGGACGAUAAACACAUCAUUUCUGGAAGCCACUCGGGCAAAAUCACUCAGUAUAGCGUUGAAACCGCAGCCAUAGAACAGUCUUUUGACACCAGAGGAAAAUUUACUCUGAGCAUUGCCUACAGUCCCGAUGGAAAAUACAUAGCUAGUGGUGCUAUAGAUGGUUUUAUUAAUAUUUUUGACGUUGCUGCUAACAAAUUAUGGCACACUCUAGAGAGUCAUGCUAUGCCAAUAAGGUCUCUGUGUUUUUCUCCGGACAGUCAACUAUUAUUAACAGCCUCUGACGAUGGUCAUAUGAAAUUAUAUGAUGUAAAACAGACACAUGUAAUCGGAACGAUGUCUGGUCAUGCCUCUUGGGUUUUAAGUGUGGCAUUUUCACCAGAUGGCAAGUAUUUUGUGUCUGGCAGUUCAGACAAAACAGUUAAAGUAUGGGAAGUUCAAAGCCGACAGUGUAUUCACACCUUUAGUUCCCAUACUGAUCAGGUUUGGGGUGUAAAAUUCAGUCCGGAUAAUUCGAAAAUUUUAUCAGUUUCAGAAGACAAAAGUAUUGUAAUAUAUAGUUGUCCUAAGUAAUAAAUGUUUUUUAUACUAA